AGCGCUCCCCCGCCGCCUCCCUGGGGCUGCGCGCGGGCCGGGCCGAGCUGAGCCGAGCCGAGCCGGGCCCAGCGCCGCACGGAACUGCCCAUGGCCGAGAGUUUUCAGAAGAAAGUGGCUGGCUCGCCCGAUACAAUCCUCAAGAAUGGGCUGAACAAUAGAUACCGUGUGCUGGAAGUCAGCGUAAUACAGAGAAAUGGAAGUGACCCUGAGAAACACUUGACAAUUACAGCAUCUCCCUCACUGGAAGAUACAGAACUGUGCAUUCUUAGGAAUGGCUGGGAGUCUGUCCCCGUUGUUCCAGGGGACAUUGUUCAUUUAGAAGGGGAGUGCAGCUCUGGCACCUGGCUCAUAAAUGCCCAGUGUGGGUACCUGGUCCUGUACCCAGACCUGCUGCUCUCGGGCACUACGAUCUCAAGCAGUAUUCGCUGUAUGAGAAGGGCAGUGCUGAGUGAACGCUUCAGGGGCUCCGAGUCGGGUUCGCGCCAAAUGCUCAUUGGUACAAUUCUUCAUGACAUUUUCCAGCAGUCUGUAACCAAUAACUUGACCCAAGAGAAGGUACAAGAACUAGCAAAUAAAAUUGUGUAUGGACAAAAGUAUCUCAAAGAAAUGUAUCACUUAAACCUGAAACAAGCACAAAUAAUGCAAGAAGUAGAAGAAUAUUUGCCAUCGUUUUUUAAGUGGGCAGAAGACUUCAUGCACAAUCCAGCAAAUCAAAACAAAAUGCAACUAAAACUGUCAAAUGGUGGAAAAAUAGAAGAUGUGUCUUCUAAGAUAGAGAUUGUAGAUAUCUUGGACAUUGAAGAGAAUAUCUGGUCUCCAAGGUUUGGGUUGAAGGGAAAGAUUGAUGUUACAGCCAGGGUGAAAAUCCAUUCCCAAUCUGGAGUGCAGUCUCGGAUAAUGCCUUUAGAGCUCAAGUCUGGCAAGGAAUCAAACUCUAUAGAGCACAGAAGUCAGGUUAUUCUGUACACGUUGUUGAAUUUAGAGCGGAGAACGGAUCCUGAAGCUGGAUUUCUUCUUUAUCUAAAAACUGGUACAAUGUAUCCUGUUUCUGGAGCUCGAAUGGAUCGAAGAGAAUUAAUGAAGUUAAGAAAUCAUGUGGCCUUCUACUUAACACACAGUACCUAUAAAUCUGAUGUGGGAAGGCAGAAUUCCCAGCUUGCUGCUUUGCCUCCUGUGAUAGAUGACAGUCAAGCAUGUAAACAUUGCUCCCAAAUGCACAACUGUGUUCUAUACAGCAGAGCUGUGGAGCAGAAGAUGGCCAGUGUGGCCUUUCCUCCUGCUAUGGUGCCUGUCAUUGACAGAGAGACCCAGCACCUGAAACCCUCCCACUUGGAGUAUUUCAGCCUCUGGUAUCUGAUGUUAACCUUGGAGCUGCAAAGUGGAGAGCAUAAAAAGGGAUAUAAAAAUAUAUGGAUGAUACCUUCUUUGGAAAGAGAGAAAGCUGGAGAUUGUGUUGGAAACGUGAUCAGAGUUGAUGAAGUCCAUGAAAUUUCCGAGGGACAGUAUCUACAUUUUUUCCAGCAUAGAAAUGGUGCCAUUCCUGCAACAAACCUGUUGGUUGGUGAUCGAGUGGUUGUGAGUGGAGAGGAGAAGGGUUUGCUUGGUUUGGCUACUGGCUAUGUUAGAGAAGUCAAUGCAACAAAAGUCUCCUGUUUGUUGGGCAGGAAUUUGUCAAACCUCCCCAAGGACACCAUAUUUAGGUUGGAUCAUGAUGAAGGAGAUGUUGGUACAGGAAUCCCUUUUGAAAAUCUUUCUAAAUUGAUGAAAGAUUCCCCAGUCAGUGAGAGGCUCCGCAACUUGAUAAUUGACUUCCAGAAACCACGUUUUAUUCAGCACUUGAGCUCUGUUCUUCCUCCUGAAGCAAAGGAAACUGUUGCAAAUAUUUUAAAGGGUCUAAAUAAGCCUCAGAAACAGGCAAUGAAACAAGUGCUACUUUCAAAAGACUACACACUUAUUGUGGGUAUGCCUGGAACAGGAAAAACGACUACAAUAUGUGCUCUAGUGAGAAUUCUUUCUGCUUGUGGCUUCAGUGUCCUCCUGACCAGCUUUACGCACACGGCUGUAGACAAUGUCCUGCUGAAGUUGGCCAAAUUCAAAGUUGGUUUCUUGCGCUUGGGCCGAGCUCAGAAGGUUCAUCCAGAUAUUCAGAAAUACACGGAAGAAGAAAUCUGCAGGUCCAGAUCAAUUAAGUCUGUAACAGAUUUGGAAGAGGUCUAUAAUAGUCAGCCGGUGGUAGCAACGUCUUGCAUGGGAGUAAAUCACCCCAUCUUUGUUCAGAAGCAAUUUGACUUCUGUAUUGUUGAUGAAGCUUCCCAAAUAAGCCAGCUCAUCUGCCUGGGCCCACUGUUCUGCUCCAAGAGGUUUGUGCUGGUGGGGGAUCAUCAGCAGCUGCCUCCACUUGUGCUGAAUGCAGAAGCAAGAGAUCUUGGCAUGAGUGAAAGCUUAUUUAAAAGGCUGGAACAAAACCAAAAUGCUGUUGUCCAAUUAACUGUGCAAUACAGAAUGAAUAGUAAGAUUAUGUCAUUGAGUAACAUGCUGGUAUAUGAAGGCAAACUGGAAUGUGGCUCAGAGAAGGUGUCAAAUGCCACUGUUAACUUGCCCAACCUAAAGAAAUUGAAACUGGACCUUGGGGAUGCUUCAAAGACAUGGCUGAAAGAAGUCCUUGAUCCAGACACACCUGUGUGUUUUCUGAACACUGAGAAGGUCCCAGCACCGGAACAUGCAGAAAAAGGUGGCAUAAGCAACGUGACAGAAGCUAAAAUAGUGCUUUUCCUCACAUCCUUAUUUAUUAAGGCUGGCUGUAAGCCCUCAGACAUUGGCAUUAUAUCACCCUACAGACAUCAGUUAAAAACAAUCACCGAUUUGAUGGCCAAAUGGAAAGAGAGCAGAGUGGAAGUUAACACGGUUGACAAAUACCAAGGAAGAGACAAAAGUAUCAUAAUUGUGUCUUUUGUUAGGAGCAGCAUCGAUGAAAAUCUUGGCACCCUCCUGAAGGACUGGCGCCGCCUGAAUGUUGCUAUCACAAGAGCCAAGCACAAGCUGGUCCUGGUGGGCUGUGUUCCAUCCCUGUGCUGCUAUCCCCCCUUGGAGAAGCUGCUCUGCCAUUUGCAGUCCCAGGCAAUGAUCUUGAAUCUUCCAGCCGGGGCUCAUGAAAGUAUCCACAAGUGUAACAUCCUAUGAGUGUGGAGAUGGAAAGUUUCGCAGGCCUUUGUAUCUUUGCUUCUGCUGUUGUUGAAUGUAAAUAACUGGUGAUUGGGUAUCAGUGCCCAUGUGCGCUGUUUGGUCUGGAGGCAGCCAAAACAGGAAGCAUUCCAUUAUUUGGAAGUUUCCUUUCAGUAGAAUAACAGACAUUUCUUGAAAAAGCUGAUGGUUACAGUACUAAAGCACCCUGAAGUUUACUUGUGACAAGCCAGAAGUACUGAAGCACUCUGUUCCUUCCAGUACUGGAUAUUGCUAUAUUCUCUUUUACCUUGCUGAACAGUUACCGUGCAGAAGUGAGUGGGGAAACACUGGAGGAGGAAGGAAGUGUAAGCCAGUGUUGUAUUGAGCCACAAUUUUCUGGGCUCAGUUUGGAUUUAAAAACUUGAAAAUGUAGUUUACAUACAAUAAUUUCAUUUGUUAGAAUUCCUAAUUAAGGUGCUGUGUUGUGCUGUUUGGAGAAAAAAAAGUUAGGAAAAACGUAUUCCUCUUCUUCAAAGCCGCACAUUGUCCUUUGAAGUCUACACCUGCUUUUAAAAAUGCUGAAGUCUUUGAUAUUUAUAUACAUAAUGUAAUUAACCUCUCGUGAAGAUCCCUUGAUGACAUUUCUAAUCUCUUGAUUUGGCAUACAUCAGGAAGAAAUUUGAUGCUGAUUCACUUAAUCCCCUGUUAUUCACUAAUGUGUUCAGCAGAUCAAUCUGAAGUGAAAUGCUUCAUAGUAGAACUCUUGUUUUCAGUUGAUCUGAUCUGUAGUCUUCAAAACAGAGAUUUCCCAGGACACUAGACAUGCAGCUUGCUGACUAAGAAAUUUACAUGCUCAGGUUCUAUUUUUUUAAAGAUGAUGGCAUAUAGACAACAGAAAACACCUUUUACUUGAGAGAUCUGUGUUAGUUUCUUUAUGCUACCUCAUAUUCUAGACCGAAGAGACUGAGAAGUUUCUUUCCAAGGUUGCUGGUGGAAACAUCAAUUUUUUUGAUUCUUCAGAAUCAUUAGCACUUGUUUUCUCUUGGAUCGAUGUCAACUAGCUGUGUGCAUGCAGUUGCAGACAAACUUUUUAAAUGUGGGCAUUUUCACUCUUUUAAACUGCUCCUUAACUUUUUGUAAUGUUUGAAAUAAUAAAAGUUUGCUGUUGGUUUGUUUAAA